CUUGCUCUGUGGGGGAACUUGAAGCUGUGCAGGGAGAAUUUGUGUUGCUAUGUGCCGCUUCGGACCAAGGUUUUGGAGGUACUGAGCGAAGCUCCACAUUCAGUGUCCGUGCGUCUUCGUCCUGCACGGAGCAGGACUCGGAUGUAGAAAGACUUCUCCAGAAUGUGCCUUGUCUCCAUGGGAACUCGUCCACUCUGGUCCGACCUACCUGAACCUGGACUGUGCUGAAGAGGAUCUUCAGAAAGAUUCACGCAGUUAUUCACGCUUGAAAUUUGAGUAGCGUUCUCUCGCUCUUGUUUUAGUAAGAGUGCAUUCAGAGGAACCAGAAAGCCUCAAAUACGGCAUGAAAAUCUGGCAUCUACUCUGCACUAAAACCAAGAGGGAAACUUCAAGCAUUUGCUUUCCUUGAUCGUUAUGUCAGGGAUAUAUUUAUUCUUAAUUAAACUGGACACCGAGCGGGUCUGAAAGGUGUCCUAAACCAGGAGCAGGAUGCACCAGCUGUUCAGCCAGGUGCUGGGGCAGCGGGAUCUGUCCAGAGCCGGGGAUCUGUUCUCUCUGGAGGACGCGGAGAUCGAAGCCUGUCUGUCUCAGGCUCUGGACCAGAUCAAGGCAAUCUCGUGCUCACAGGACUACUUGACCAACGACAAUGACCAGGCGGUGGUGGAGAUUUGCAUAACGCGCAUCACCACGGCCAUAAGGGAGACGGGCUCCAUCGAGCAACACAGCACGGCGCUGGUGGGGCUGUGGGAGUCGUGUCUCGAGCAUAACCUCACCCCCCAAGGUGAAAACACAGAGGACACACCGCAUGCCAAGAUAGCCUCCGACAUCACCAGCUGUAUCCUGCAGAACUACAGUAGUCCUUCCGUCAUGGUGCUGGCCGUCCCGGUAGCCGUGCGGUUCCUGCAGAGAGGGAACAGAGAGCUGAGCAGGAACAUGUCCAGUUAUCUCUCCCUGGCUGCUAUCGCCAAGGCUGAUCUGCUGGCUGAACACACAGAGGCCAUAACGCUCAGUGUGCUGGAAGGUAACCACAUGCUGUUACGAGUGUUACCCUCAGUCUACCCCAGACAACCUGACACCAUCCACUGUCACCUAGGCAACCUCACUGCGAUGAUGUCACAGCUGGAGUCACCAGAGCAACAACACCUGAUCAGGCUCAUUCAGAUUGUUGCCGAGCAACAUCCACUUAUGUUGAGCCCUCAGGUGCCGGCACUCGUCAGUUACCUCGGAGACCAAUCCCUCACUGAGGCGCUACUGGGCGCGCUGGUGGACGUGUCACAGGCCAGCCCUUCCUCACUGGUCAGCUUUCUGCCAACGCUGAGGAUUGUGGGACAACAAUGCCCUGCUCACCUGGGUCACGUUGCAAAAAUACACGGUGCCGUGGGGAUCCUCAGUGAGACGCACGCUCACAGCUCGUUGGUCUACCUGGUGUCCUGUCUGGGCAGCAUGGAGCACAGCUUUCACCACACACUGCUGCUGGAGAUCAGAGCUCUGACCGACCGCUACCCGUCUUUACUGGGAGGCUGCGGGAAAGACAUCUACAGGAUGAGCAACUCGUUCACCGCUAUAGCCCGACUGCUGGGGAGGAGACUGGAGGAGAGCACAGUCAUGCACUGCAGGGUGGACGAGGCGUGCCCGUCGUCUCCCUGUGCGUCUCUUCCAGGGGGAGGAAGGGGGUCAGAGCAGCGGCUGCAGCUGAAGAUCCAGGCCUUUGAGGAGAAAAUGGGGGAGGAGGGGGGAGAGGUGGGGGAGGACUCUCCUGCCCCGCAGCGACGCUACAGCCUGAGCCAAGCCGUCAGGGAGGAGAGACGAGAAAUGAGAUUCAACAGGUCAAAGAGCCUGGCCCUCCACGCUGUGCGCUCGCGCUCCAUCAACUCAGACACCGGGGAGGACGGUGAGGGCUUGGAGCCGAGCCCAGACAACAUCUUCUCCAACACGUUGGUGAACUCGCACUCAGACAACCAGGAAGUUCCGCCUGCUGAGAGCGAACCGACGUGUGGCGGCUCGAUGCCCAUCGCCGCUGCCCUGACGGAUGUGAAGGAGGCGGAGAAAGGUCAAAGCACAGAGAAGGAGGAGCAGGAGGACGCUGACAGACUCUGCGUCCAUUUAAGAGACAACAUGGAGACGAUCAGAGACUUCUGCAGAGACAUGGUGCAGCAGAUCCCCAUACCCGAGCAGUGUGUGCUAGAAGAUUCAAAUCGAGGCUGUGUGGCCAAGCUGUCCUUCUCCUGUCCUCUUAAGGGCCACUACUGUCUGUACGCCAAGUCCUGCUUCAACCUGACCAGCAGACAGCCUCACCUUUGGAUACACAUCAUGCUGCUCCACCUGCAGAGUAAGUCCAGCGUCGCGCUGUCCUCCAGGGAUGAGGGUGUGCAGAGGCUCGCUUCCCUUUGGGAGAAGACGCAGAUAAAAGGAGCGCACAGCUUCCCCAUGGCUAUGACACAGCACACAACCCCACACAGGAAGGAGCUGGACAGUCUCCAGAUUCAGCUGGAAGAGGUUCGUUUCUUUGACCUGUUUGGAUACAGUGAGGAAGAGGGAGGUUGGCUCUGCUUCAUGUGUAACAACCCUGAGAAGGCCACAGUUGUGAACCAGGAGGGUCAGCCUCUGAUCGAGGGGAAGCUGAAGGAGAAGCAGGUCCGCUGGAAGUUCAUCAAGCGCUGGAAAACCCGCUACUUCACCUUGGCAGGAAACCAGCUGCUCUUCCGGAGAGGCAAAUCAAAGGAUGAGCUGGAUGACAUGCCUAUUGAGCUGAGCAAGGUGCAAAGUGUGAAGGUGGUGGCUAAGAAGCGGCGUGAUCGGGGCCUGCCGCGAGCCUUCGAAAUCUUCACGGACAGCAAGACGUACGUGCUGAAAGCUCACGAUGAGAAGCACGCCGAGGAGUGGCUGCAGUGCAUCAACGUGGCCGUGGCUCAGGCCAGGGAGAGGGAGAACAGAGAGGCGACCACCUACCUGUGAGGACUGUGCGACACACACACACACACACUGAACACACACACAACACUCUCUGCCAGUAGCAUCACUUUGUAUCUGUAAUUGGUGUUUUAGAGCAAUAUUCAAAACUAUUUAUGCAGUUGUUUUUAUGACUUUAAAUAAACCAGCAAUAAGAGACUGUAUGGUGUGGAUCCAUGUUACUGUUACUUACCGUUACACCGCGCACUCGUUGAUGCAUCGACAGCUCUGGACCAUCAGAAAUGUGUGUUACACUACAUAGAAGAUACACAUGAUCUUCACCAGACACUGCUGCGAGCUUCAACAACCAAGCAAAACCAGCAUCUGUGGAAACUUGUGAUUCCUGUGUUUAAUGAUGCACUGAUAAUUGAGAUGUAUUUGAGGCGUAUUGAGCAACAAAACAAAGCACAGACCUCGCAAGGACUUGAAGCAAUAAUGAGGCUGAACAGAUUCCCUUGAAAGCAGGAAGUGUGAGGAAGAGGAGCCUGAUGGACAGCAGAUGGAAUACUGGAAUAGUGUGUGUGUGUGUGUGUGUGUGUGUGUGUGUGUGUGUGUGUGUGUGUGUGUGUGUGUGUGUGUGUGUGAGAGAGAGUAUGAUGUUGCCUUAAAGGCUAGUUAUGGGAAACACGCUUAUUGACUUUCUUGCCGAGAGGAUUGAUUCGACUUCCCUUGGCUAAAGCUAGAAGACAGUUAGCUUAGCUUAGCAUACAGGCUGGAAACAGGUAAACAGCUGGGCUCUGACCAAAAGUAACACAAUUCCUCUAAAUGUAAUCGGCUCGUAAGCUCACUGGUCAGCAACCUUUAGUGUUUCUUUUAUAGGGGGGAUGAGUAGACUUAUGAAUACGUGCAGAACUAUGCGCAGUGAGUCAUGGUGACGUAAAGACUUCAGGAAGUUGCUGCUCCCAACAGAGAAGUAGUCCCACACAUGACCCCGUGCACAACCACAAGUCCUCGACCUUUAGAGCCAGGUUAGCGGUUUCCUGGUUUUGGGCCUUCAUGCUGAGGCUGUGCAUCUUCAUGCUUAACGUACAGACAUCACAGUAAAGUUGAUCUUGAGCCAAACAAUCGUAUUUCCUGAAAUGUGGAACUAUUCCUUUAAUAAAUGUACUGUUUUCAUGUGGAUUAUGGAUGUACAUAUUCAAUCCAGUGUAUUUAUUUUGUAUUUUUCUUUACUAACAACUUUUCUCCCCCCAAAGUCGAGAGGUAACAGCUCAAGUUGAGUUAUUUAAAAAUGUGAAAUGUGUCCUCCAACAUACAGGAGCAACACUUUGACCCUAGUUUCUGUUUCUGCUCUUGUGCGUAAGAGUUAGUGGUCAGAUUUCUGUUCUUUUGCAAUCUUGAUACUCCAUGGACCGGGGCUAUUUUUAGCUUUCCCGAACAAGAAACGUCUGCAACAAUUCACUUCAUGUUCUACGAGGAGCAGCGUCGGCUCAACUGUUGCUUAACAGUGGAGAUCAGACCGCAGAGUCUUAAGAAAACAUUGAAGUAAACUCGUGGUUUCCUUGUGGAUUUAGAAACUGUGCCAGUUCUUUCACACAGUAUUGAUUUAGUUUUGAUUGACGACUCUGUGAAGAGUUUGGACAGCGAGAGACUGAAGGUGAUAUGUGGAAAUAUCCACCUCCGUCAUUUUAAAACUCUUUCCAAAGGUCAGAGUUUUGUGUUUAAACGGAGCAGUUAGCAUCUUCAGUGGACAGUCUCAGCUUUUACAUUUUACAACUGAGACUUUCCACCUGAAGAGUCCCAGCCUGCGGCGGCGCACGCUGUAACUCCCUGAUGUUCCUCACGAGCCAGGAUGCAGAUGACAAACAUGUCUUGACCCAGUUAAGCUCUGAACUGCCUGCACCAGAGAAAUGUAUUUGGUAUGAUGUUGAUCUUUAUCUGGAUCCACAUCCAAGCUGCGUGUGUCUGCCCAAAGCUGUUAGCAAUGCUCUCCUCUUUGCUAUUAAGAUGCUUUUGGUUCAAUAUAGAAAAUGCGACGACCGGGAUGUUUUUAAAAUGCCUACGGUGGUCUUAAUCUUAACUCGUGUGACGGACAAGCACUUAAUCUUAUUUCUUCCUUCAGCUAGAACCCUGUUAUCUGUGUACGAGCAGCCAUAACACUGCCUUUCCCAACGGGUCAGGUUACCACUGUGUGUGCUCUCUGUGCCCCCUCCAUCCAGCCCCCCAUUGUAGCUCAACAACUAUUGGAUUAACAUGACAUUUAGUUCAGACGUUCAUGGCCCCCAGAGGAUUAAUCCCUCUGACUUUUCACCUCGCGCCAGGUUUAUUUUUCCAAUAUAUUGAUUUAUGACCAAAUACCUUAUCAUUACCUGACUGAAGUUGCAAACCUUAAACCCACCGCAGCGCAUGAGUGAAGUUCAGAAGGUUCUCCCCCCUCCCUUCAAAUGUACCAUGAAGCUGACUUUACCCUGUUCAGUUGCACACUGUUGAUUUCUUUGUGUCGGAUCAAAUGAAUGUUGAAGUACAAUGUGAACGCUCUCCGCCGUCACGCUGCCAUGUGAGUCUAGUUUCCAAGCAUCG